UCCCUGUGUGGACCCUCGGUCUGCCUUUUCCUGUCUCUACGGAACCGAACCGUUCGAAGCAACUUUUCUUUUCCAUCCAUGCACUAUUUGCUGCGUCUGCCGCUCCAUUUACAAGCAUGACACAACGUGUUCACAGCAAAAAGCGACCUGCAGAUCAACAUCAAGGUCCCAGUAGUUGAACUAAACCAGACGCAAGAGAAGGGAUUUUUGUCACCUCCCAUUAUUUAUCCGGCCCUCCUGGUUAAAAUGGAGCUUUCAUUGCAGGGUUCCACUUCGUCUGCACCACUCUACAACACUAGCAUGCCAUUCAAUGGCUCAGGGAACAACACUGCUGAGCAGUUUACAGAAAUCAACCUUUUUGAAGUCCUCGGUCCCAAGCGAUCCCCCUUUUUUUUCCCUGUAACAACAGUUUACCUUUUAAUCUUCCUCACCGGGUUGUCUGGAAAUCUCCUGACAUGUGCAGUGAUUGCAAAGCACAAGAAGAUGCGUAACCCCACAAACUUUUAUCUUGUGAGCCUGGCUAUGUCGGACCUCCUCGUGCUGAUGUUUGCGAUGCCAUUGGAGAUUUACGACCUGUGGGAGAACUAUCCAUUCCCCUUUGGUGAGGGCGGCUGCUACUUCAAGACCUUCCUCUUCGAGACAGUUUGCUUCGCAUCAAUCCUCAAUGUCACAGCACUCAGCGUGGAGAGGUACAUCGCUGUUGUGCAUCCACUGAAAACACGAUACCUCUCAACCAAUCAGCAUGCCAAACGCGUCAUCACCGUUGUGUGGGGGGUGUCGAUGGUCUGUGCUGUUCCUAACACUUCGCUUCAUGGCCUUUUUUACUUGCCUGAGAGAAUGGAGGAGUCCGCUAUAUGUGCUGUGGUCAAGCCCAUUUGGAUCUAUAACUUGCUGAUGCAAAUCACAACUGUGUGUUUCUACUUCAUUCCUAUGAUGAUUAUUAGCAUGCUGUAUCUUGUGAUGGGCAUACAUCUGGGUAGAGAAAGGCGGUAUGCCAGGAAGAACCUGGGGAAUAAUGGCUGCAGCAACACCAGGAGAAGGAUCAGUGGAGAGAAUGGGCGCAGAGGACAGGUCGUCAAGAUGCUCUCAAUUGUUGUGGCUGUAUUUGGAGUUUGCUGGGCUCCCUUCCACAUUGAGCGGCUUCUGUGGAGCUCAGUCAGCCAGUGGACCGACGUGAUGCACAAUGUUUAUCAGUACGUCCACAUCCUGUCUGGCAUCUUCUUCUACCUAAGCUCUGCAGUAAACCCUAUCAUCUAUAGUCUGCUGUCCACAAGAUUUAGAGAGUGCUUCCGGGAACUGGUGUGCUCCCGUUCAGAGGGCAACAGCUCUGUAAGAAACUCCCCACCAUUCCCGGAGAUUUUAAUGGACACCUCCAUGUCAUGUUCAAGAACUCAGUAUGAGAUUAAGGACUCAAAUUCUUCCAUCCCUUUGCUAUCUCCUAGUGUGACUUUGACUAUGAAAACUGCUGUCCUCCCAUGUGUGGUUAAAGAAGCUGACUGCAAGACCUCUGUUUUCUGAGAUUUGUUUGAAAUCUGGAAAUUAGCAUGAACAUUGUAAACUUAUAGGUAAACAUUUGGGGAAAUGGAUUUAUUUUCUUUCUUACAAACAGACUGAGAUGCCAGUUUGCUAAUUAUCAAACUGUCCUCAAGAUACAGUAAAGACAGUCUUCAACCAUUAUUUAAAAAUACGCUUUAAGUAAUGAUUGUGAAACUGAUGGACAGACACUGGAUUUAAAUUAGAAUAAAGUUACAUUAAUUUAGUAAAGUUGAUGUCAAUGAAACCCUGUCUCAACACAAAUCGUAAAAGAUUUGUUUCGAUAUCUGGACAAUGUAACAGUCCAAGGUAAGAAAAUUACUGUUUACAUUGUAUUCAUAAGCUGCUGUGUGUUGAGCAGCUUUUAUGUGGUAAGAAUCAAGGGUUGAGCAACCUCAGUCUGUCUAAUUGGUCAAUCUUUUUCCAAACAUGUUUUGAUUUUGACUCAAAUCUUGAACAUUCAUUCUUUUGUGCAAUUGUUGGGCACUUAUUGUGAAGCUAUAUAAAAAUACGUAUAUGCACAUAUGUUUUGAACUUUGGAGGGAUAGAGAUACAAAAAGUCCAGUCAUGAAAUUGGCUUGUUUGAAAUAAACAUAUACAAUUGUGCUUCAGUACAAUCUUCAUCCUUGAGUCUCUCAAGCUAUUCACACAAGUAUUCAUCUCAUGUGCAGGACUGUUUUAGGAAGCAACGACAACAACAAUCUGUGGUAGCUUCUUGCGGUCAAACACUUAUGACCUUGGGCAACACACUGAACAAAGUGAACGCAGGAUAUUGAGUACAAGUGGUAUAAUACCCACCUUUCUACUCUAAAGAAACAGUUGGCAGUUAAAGUUGCCAUUAACAGAGCUGGCUCGAAGCUUUUUAGUCAGAGGAAACAAACUGUUCAAAUAAAUGAGAUAUUGCAGGAUCAAGCAGAACUGUCAGGUUAAUUCUGCUUCGCCUGCCCCUCUUAUUGUCUUUGCCAGACAGAGGCUGAACUAGAUGGAGAGAUAGAAAAUAGGAGCUGUGGAUGUGCUGAUGAAUUCAGAGAAGGGGUCACGUUGAGCUGUGAAUUAUUUCAGCUGGCCUUGUCACUUCCUCUGAUAUUGUAAUCUGGAAUAAUGAAAAUACAUCAGCACAACUAACAAGGCUUAAUAUGAUAGGGAAUGAAUUACAUACAAAGCAGCCAUACUACUAAGGAAAAGUUUGAACAAAUGCCUCCCUUUUCUGAUUUGCAGGUUGCAGUUAAGGGUUAGGUGUAAUAAUAAAUGCUGUGUAACUCAUUCUCAUCUUAUUACAUUUUACACUGACAUGAGAUCAUGAUGUGAACUGAUCCUUCCCUUUUCUGUUGGUAUAUUAAAAAACAUUUCUUAUUUGUAUAAGUUUUCCUUGUCAGUUGUUUUCAAGCCUGUACCUCACUGUGCCUAUAUUCAUUUCCAUGACAAUAACCAAGAAACAUGUGAAAUACAUCAAGUGAGAGCAAAGCUACCAAGAAUGUAGCGAACAUUUGCCAGAGUUUCAAGCAUAAGCAUAAUUGCAUAACACAAUUUCCACCCCCAAAAAAGUGACUUUAUGAACUCCAGCUUAAGUUCAUAAACUCAAUGUUUCUUUGACAAUUUAUCCAGGAAGACGUCAGGAGAAAUUCUGUCUGAAAGCAAAAGUUUGAAAACUUAACAAACUGGCACCCUAUGGAGGGAUUUAAAAGGGCAGUUGCGAGGGUUGUUGGCUCUGUAAUUCACCACAGUGGCAAAUAACCACUUGGAACAAAAACAGUAAUUUGAAAUACAGAUUCUGGUAUUUACCGCAAUGAUCUGCAUAGCCAUGCAAAAUCAUAUUUCUGCAUUGAUAUUGUUUUUCUUCAUAAGUUCUUAAUUUACUUGAGUAUUUCACCACACUAUAGUGUUGGAACAUUAAAAUGUUUGCCAAUUAUUGUCAUAGAAAUAAAUGUAGCUAUAGAGAAGUACAUUCUAAAUGUAAAAACGCAUGAAAGGUAAAAAUCAAGAACUUUUACUUAAAAACUUUAUGCUCACAAACAAUUAUUGCUUCAGGGAUGCCACUGAUCAAACUACUUGUAGUAGCUGCAACUUAAACUGCAUUCUGUUCCUCUUCUUAAGUUUGUGUUUUACAUUACUUUGAUUCAAACAUUACUUUUAUUUCAAAAUCCUUGGGCAAUAGUACUUCCAAUGGAGAAACGUCUUCUCGACCUUUUUGCUUCCUGAGAAUACAUUUAUAUAGAUGAUGAAGUCCUCCCUCCAUCCUUUUUCUGCUACCAAUAAGCGGCCACACAUCAUUUCACACGUUUCAUCUUAAAGAUGUUCUUUGUCAUGAAAAUGGUCCAUUCAGUGGUUAUAGUAGGACAUUUUCAGAUGAUACUGUUAAAGACAAGAUAUUAUCAUCCAUAUCUGGUUGUGCUUUCCUGCUUUAGUUAGUAUUACACAAACACUCAUUUUGUUUCAGGUUUGUUUGAAAAAUACCUAUGUGCUUUCAAAGACAAUACAAUGUUUUGUACUUUCGAUACUUUUUGUUUUUCUGGCUCUAAUCGUGAUUAUAUUUAUCCCUUUAAGAUUAAAAUAUCUGAAGCCAUAUGUAACUGGCAUUGUGCUUUUCACCUUACUUUUUGUUUUCAUUAGUUUUAAGUGUUUUUUUCUCCAUUGUCUUUUUAUGGCUCUUCAGGCAUACCAUUUGGAAAAACUGAUUGCCUACAUGUGCCAGGGAAGCGUAAAACAAAAGAAAAUGUCUCUGGAGAUUGUUUUCUUAUUGUUUGAUUGCUUAUAAAGUUUAAAUCAGGAUUCCACCUAAAAGUAAACCCAAUGCAUUAAGAAAUUAUGAACCUGUGUCUGUAUGUUUUUUUUUAAAAAAGACAGUAACUGAAGUACUACUAGGCAAGCAUGCUUUAGAGCUGUUUUUGUUUGCGCCCCAAGCUACUGUGGAAACAUGGUUAUGCUAAGAAAGUAGAAAGAAGGAUAUAUGGAUACAUUACAUGGUAAUAGGAACAUACGGUAUUUUGUUUUCUGAGAAUUGGACUUUCCUGACAUAAAGCAUAAACAAGUAGUGAGCAGAAUCAUUUCAGCCUGGAUCUUUUGUCAAAAUUGGAUCUUACUUCCGACACAUUAUUAUUACUUAAAUACACAAUUAGUCAAAAGCUAAGCUUUAAAUCUUUAUUUUUCCGAGGUGCAGCUGUCCCCUGCUGUUUAGUUUUUAAACUAAGCUUCUACCUACCUUGUGUGUGUCAGUUAAAAAACACUAACCUCAGUAUCCUUAUUUAAUAAAUUAGGUGUAUUUCCUUUAGCAAAAUUGUUGUUUGAAAUGUAAAAAAAGUUAUUUAAAUGUAUGCUUUUAAAAUAUUUUUAUUGGAUUGUCAUCAGUAAUAUUGCGCAACAGUGCCUGAUUUCUCUACCUGUUAUCUUCAUUUUGUUAAAUGCUGUACGCCUUCAGAAAAAAAUCCCAGAGGGAAAGUGUAAAAAUCCGUUGUAAUCGGACUGACAACAUGCUGAACUUGAUUAUUUUUGUUCUCAUUUGAAAAUCAACGUGUUGCAGAGCAGAAAAAAAAUCCUUUGUGUUUCAGCAGAAAAUAUAAACUAAGAAUGUAAUGCUGUACUGUGUGCUUCCCUUAAUCUUGUUAUGUCUCUUGUUGCUUGGCAGGAAAUCAUCUACGUGAUUUGAAUGACUGGUAAGCUGUUUGCCACUGAUUGUGGCUAUGUGCAAUGCCUCUUUCUGAAAGGUACACAAAUAAAUGUCUGUCUGCUUCGAUUUA